AUGUCCGCACAGAGUCAGCAGAGAGAUGAUUACCCAGGUAGAGCUAGCCUUGAGAAGUUCGGCGUCGAUGUCAACCUUCAACCUGUCAUCGCCGGCUCUGAACAUAAAUUCGACGUUGCCUCCAUCGAUCUUGUUCAACGCCGUCUAAAGCAGCGUCAUGUGCAAAUGAUAGCCAUUGCUGGUACUCUUGGAACCGGUCUGUUCCUUGGUUCAGGGAAAGCCCUCAGUGGUGCUGGGCCUGUCGGUGCUCUCAUUGCCUAUGCGCUCGUAGGAACUGUGGCUUAUUCCUCGUUAUGCUCCAUCGGCGAGAUGGCCUGCCACGCCCCCAUAUCCGGUACCUUCCCGCAUUAUGCUGCAAGAUGGGUCGACCCUGCUUUUGGUUUUGCUGUUGGCUGGAACUACUACUACACAAACUUAAUGAGUGUGCCCGUAGAAGUUACCGGUGCUCAACUACUUAUUACAUUCUGGGACAACAACCCCAAACAUGUAGCGAUCUAUACGACAGUCAUCACUUGCCUGGUCAUUCUCAUUAACAUUUUCGGAGUCAGGUGGUUUGGAGAAGCGGAAUUCGGCUUUGCGUUGAUUAAACGUGAGUCUCCUUGUCGCCUUCUAUUUUUCUCGUACCAACAGGCGCCAGUAACCUUGAUUACCGGUCUUAUUCUCCUGGGCCUCGUCAUCGACCUGGGCGGCGCGCCAAACCACCAGCGGCUUGGAUUCCAAUAUUGGAAGAACCCUGGUGUGCUUGCUGGCGCUGGGCUUGAACCGAACCACAUUGGCCUCGAUCGCUUCCUCGGGAUCCUUUCUGUACUUGUACAAGCAGGAUUUUCUUUCCAGGGAAUGGAGCUAGUCGCUGUUGCUGCCUCUGAGACAGAAAACCCUCGCCGUAACAUUGCCAAGGCUGUUCGUCGUGUCUUUUACCGAAUCUGCAUCUUCUACAUUCUGGGGAUUUUCGUCACUGGUCUCAUUGUUCCUUACAAUGAUCCCUCGCUCCUACAAUCUACUGGUAACGCUGCGGAGUCUCCGUAUGUCAUCGCGAUGACUCGGGCUGGUAUUAAGGUCCUUCCCAGCAUCGUCAACGCCGGUGUCCUGACCAGUGCCUUCUCCGCAUCCAAUUCAUUCUUGUUCUGCUCGUCGCGCAUCCUUUAUGGACUUUCUCUUCGCGGCCAGGCUCCCUGUAUCUUCGCUCGCUGCACGUCAAGCGGCCUCCCGAUAGUUGCAAUCGGCUUCACUAGUGUGUUUGGGUUCUUAUCACUUAUGAACGUCUCGUCUGGUUCGGAGACUGUCUUCAACUGGCUGGUGAGCUUGACGACCAUUGGCGGCUUCUUCACAUGGGGCUCUAUCAAUCUCACGUACCUCUUCUUCCGUAGAGGCUUAAGUGCUCAGGGUAUCGAUCGCAAAGAGCGCCUCCACUACUGGAAUCCUCUGCAGCCUGGCCUCGCUGUGUGGGGCCUGACGUGGUGCAUUAUCUUCAUUCUAGUUAAUGGGUUUGAGGUUUUCUGGUCCUUCAAUGCUGCAGGUUUCCUCACCGCGUAUAUCAACAUCCCAAUCUUUGCUGGUCUCUAUUUGUUCUGGAAAAUCACUAGACGCACCAAAGUGUGGAAGCCUGAGGAGAUGGACUUUGUCACCGGAAUUCCUACGCCAGAAGAGACAGAAAGUCCAGAAAUUCCGCCAACAACCUUCUGGCAGAAGGUCGCGGCGGUCCUGUUCUAA